CACUGCACGUUUGCCGCGAGCCAACAACAUGUGAAACUCAAGACCAUCGUAUAUUUGGACAUAUAACAUUGCUGCUUUUGUGUUGGAUGAAGUGUGCGUGAAAAAAUAUAUCAGUGCAAAAAUAUACACACGAGUACGUAAAUGACAAACCAAAUGUGGAGAUAAUCGAAAACGUGAGUGGAGGUUGCGCAAGAUCGCGAUGGUGGCGCGAUGCUGCUGCCGGACCAGACGUACGAGGCCGCGCCGGCGCCGACCGCGCGGCCGUAUCCGCUGCACUCGCUGCUGCGCGCGCAUCGCGUGCGACCCGACUUCUUCUGCGCCAACCGGCCCAGGCACAAGCGGGACAAUCGCAGCAGGUCGCAGGCGAGCGGCGAGCGCGCCCGCGCCUCUCCGAGAGACGCGUCGUCAUCGAACGAGGCAGUGCACCUUCAGAGGCGGCUGCUGAGCCUCAGCUCGGAGCUGGUGACGCUUCGCAAUCACCUCCACGUGGGCGCGGGCGCGGCGUCGGGUAAGGCCGCGCAGCCCGCCGUGCCGCCGCGCGCGCCGCACCUGCUCUCCGCGCCGCCGCCCGCGCUCGCACCGCCCCCACCGCCGCCGCCACCGCCAGUUUGUGCAGAAGCGCGAUGGCGAGCAGCGACUACAAGCGGCACCAGCGGGGUGGUAAGCGGCGCGUCGGGCGGGGAGGUUGACGACCUCAUCCACCUGCGCGGCCCGCUCACCGAAGACGCGGUGGUCCGCGCGUUACAAGCACGAUUCUAUCACAAUAAGUUUUAUACCAUGAUCGGACCAAUCUUGGUGGCAGUAAACGCGUACACAGAUGCGAGCAAUGCUUUAACGCUCGCAGCGGCGCGCGCGCAACGACCUGAACUAGCGAGGCUGGUGCAGGAUGCUGUGCGUCAUCAGGCUGACACUGGAUAUCCUCAAGCUAUCAUACUUUCUGGCGUGUCCGGAUCUGGCAAGACGUACGCAUCGAUGGUUCUCCUUCGUCGAUUGUUCGACGUGGCCGGCGGGGGUCCCGAGACCGACGCCUUCAAGCACCUUGCCGCGGCGUUCACUGUGCUGCGCUCCCUGGGUACUGCUGCCACCACUGCUAACUCGCACUCCAGUCGUAUUGGCCACUUCAUUGAGGUGCAAGUGACGGACGGGGCUCUCUACCGCACGAAGAUCCACUGUUACUUCCUGGACCAGACGCGCGUGGUGAGGCCGCCGCCUGGCGAGCGGAACUACCAUAUCUUCUACCAGAUGUUGGCCGGCCUGACACCUGAAGAGCGCACACAGUUGCAUCUCGACGGGUACUCCGCACAAGAGUUGAGAUAUUUAGCGUCACCCCAUCAUAGACGCCCUGAACCAGAAGACGCGACGCGUUUCCACGCGUGGAAGACCUGUCUCGGCAUCCUGGGGAUUCCUUUCCUCGACGUCGUGAGGGUGUUAGCCGCAGUGCUACUUUUGGGAAAUGUCCAAUUUGCGGAGAGCGCAGAGGGGGGUGCGGAGCCCGCAGGAGAGGCGGAGCUGGCAGCAGCGGCCGCUUUGCUGGGGGUCCCUGCGCCCGCUCUACUGAGGGGUCUGGCCACACGGGCCGCAAGGCGGACGGCCCGAGCACCGGCCUCCGCGCCUGCAGCUGCCGCUGCGAGGGACGCUCUUGCUAAAGCUCUCUAUUGCCGGACCGUUGCUACUAUAGUCCGACGUGCUAAUUCACUGAAGCGGCUUGGAUCCACAUUGGGGACCCUUUCUUCUGAUUCGAACGAGUCUGUUCAUAACCAAGAUGCUGCGUCCCGUCGAACAUCAAGUGCGGGCGGCGGUGGUGGACGUUCGCGAGCCGGCGCGAGGUCCAUGGCGGUUUUAAAUGAUGCCGUACGCCAUGCUACUGACGGUUUUGUCGGCAUUCUGGAUAUGUUUGGCUUCGAAGACGCCGCUCCAUCUCGCUUAGAACAUCUAUGCGCGAACCUCUGCGCGGAAACCAUGCAGCACUUUUACAAUACACACGUGUUCAAGUCUUCAGCAGAGUCAUGCCGCGAGGAAGGUGUAUCGUGCGCGCUUGAAGUGGAUUAUGUUGACAAUGUACCGUGUAUAGACCUUGUAUCAUCAUUGCGAGGUGGUUUACUCGCUGCUUUGGAUGCGGAGUGCGCGGCGCGUGGGACGCCUGAGCAGUAUGUUACCAGAAUCAAAACCGCACACAGGGGUCAUCCUCGCCUGGCAGAGUCCCGGCCGCCGCAUCCACGUCGCUUCGCAGUUCGCCACUACGCGGGUGAGGUGUCGUACGACGCAGCAGAUUUUCUAGAAGCCAAUCGAGAUGCAGUACCUGAUGAACUAUUGGCUGCAUUCGAUACUAGGACUUGUGAAUUUGGGUUCGCUACGCAUCUUUUCGGCACAGAGUUGAAGGCUCUAGCAGCGCAUGGCGGCCCAGCAGGCGCCCAGUUUCGCGCUUCCCCCACCGUCGCGGCAGCCCUGGACGCCGCGCCCUCGACCCUGACCCAAGACUUUCAUACGCGGCUCGACAACCUGCUCAGGACGCUGGUGCACGCUCGUCCUCACUUCGUGCGCUGUCUGCGUGCUAAUGCUACAGAGACGCCCAUGUUGUUCGAGCGCGCUACUGUUGCCAAACAGGUGCGCGCACUACAAAUUCUGGAGACAGCGCAACUGAUGGCGAGCGGCUACCCGCACCGGAUGCGCUUCCGUGCGUUCAGCGCGCGCUACCGUGCGUUGUGGUGGCGGGGAGGAGGCGACCGCGACUGCGGCGCGGGUUGCGCGCGCGUGCUACGGGCGGUGGCUGCAGCGGCCGCGCCGCCCGCGCCCGCUUCCCCCGCCGCUGUGCGCUGGGCGCUCGGCAAGAGGCACGUCUUUCUCAGCGAGGGGAUGCGACAGGUGUUAGAACGAAUGCGACGCGCGCGCCGGCAAGCAGCCGCGGAAUGCAUCCAAGCGGCAUGGCGGCGGCACCGCAUGCGUUCCCCCCGCGCGUCGUCGGCGACCGGCGCGCCCGCCCCGACCGCGCGCCCCCGCCCCGCGCCCAUAGCCGGCACCCCCCCGCCAGACCCCACCGAGAAGUGCGACCCCGCGCUCGCCAAGCGGACUUGCUCUCUCGUCGGACUGGAUCUAGAGCGGCCGCCGCCGCUGCCGCCGUCGCGCGCGUACACCGUGUCCGGCGGCGUGAAGCUGGGCUACCCUCAACAGCGGAGCGUGGUCGCGGAGUGGGGGGAGGAAGGGGGCUCGUUACGGCUCCAUGUCGGAGACACGGUGCUGGCUGUAGGGGCCGCGAGGCGGGGACACGUCGCCGUGCAGGUGUGUGGCCGUCGCGUGGUCGUACCGCACUCCGUGCUAGGUCCCCCCCGCGCACCGGGCCCCCGGCCCCCACCGCCCCCCGCACCACCUGCCGCCGCGCAACCCGCGCCUGCACUCGCGUGACCCGCUAAAUACCUUAGUACAUAUUAUACAGAUAUUGAUGCUAAACUUAGUCUUAGAGAAUUUAUAACGAGAAAUAUUCAAACAGUUUUGUUUUAAAAAUGUAGAUACUAUAAAAUGCUCAGUAAUAAUACACCACACUUCAUUAUUUUUGGUACCUAAUGAGAUAAACAGUACCAAAAUACAAAAGUUGAAGAUAACUUAAAAGAAACAGUGUAAUUUAAACAAUCGUAACGCAACGUAGCAGUGCCAUGGACAUUAUAAUAAUGUGUAUGGCAUAACUUUCCAUUGUGAGCACGAACUGUUCAAGCUUCUCGUAUUUAUUAUUUCUCUAAGGCCGAAGUCCACUGAUUGGUGCCUAUUAUAUACUAAGUGUACAUAAUAGUGUAAGUAUUUAUAUGAGCCAGCCUCGAGCCCACUUCAAUGUAUAUUGGCGAUGUGGCAUAUAGUACCUAUAGCUUUAUGGUAAGGUAAGGUAUAGAUUUUACUGGUAUUAUGUAAUUUGCAAUAAACUAAGUUUUGUAUUAAUGUGAAAUUUAUAGACUUGGACUGUAUUUUAAGUUGAUAUAUCUGCGAAUUACAGUUUCAGACAAAACGCCUGUAUCAGUUAAAAAAUAAUGGAUCUAGAAUGGUGAGAAAAAAACACCUUCGAAUACAUAGAACAUUCGUUAAGUUCGUGAUGUCGACCGUCACAAACUAACGAAUGUUCUGUAUGAAACUGCUGAUCACAUGUCUUUAUCUACAUAUUUAUUGUGCCAUCUGAAUACAAAACAACAAUUGCCUGUUGCGUAUUAAAAUUUUUAAUUGCCAUGCCAUUUUGAGUUACUCUGGAGCAGUUACACAUUCGUGCUAAAUUCACCAGUUUGAGAGUUGUUUUCUUACAUUUUUUCAAUAAAUCGCUGCCGAAUAAGCUCUUCAGCGGCAGCGCUUCUCGGCAGCAAUUUAUUGAAAACGUUACCGCCGUAUUUUUCGUAAUAACAGGUGUGAAUCUUUGUAAUAAAAAUAUUCAAUCAUUAAUAUUUUUUGGGUCUUCAAAUUAGUCGGUAUAAAUGAUCUUGCCAAUAAAGUCUGACCGUCGCUGUACUCGAGAUAUAACAAACUAUUAUUAGGAUAUAGAUAAAUAAAAAUCAUAUUUUCAAAAUA